AUGCCGUCAGCACCAUACUAUUCCACGACUAGCGCAGCGCAAGCUCCUGCGCGUGCUUCCCGGUACCAGCCUUUCAGAAGCAAGUUCCCUAAUCCCGAAAGCGCAAGCGCCUUUCGGAAAAUCGCAACCCGAUUCAACAGAAAGCCGUACCGUCCUCCGGAUACUGAUGGUUCUAUCGACGAGAUUGCGAAGGAGCGCUAUCAUCAUGUCGAGCGCAUAUACAACGCGAUGACCCGCGCCGACGCCGCAAGAGACAACGCUGCCUCCAUUGCCAUGAAGAGAUGGGUGCAUGGAGCCUACUAUGACUCCAGCUUGGUUGAAGCGUAUUCACAUAAGGUGCUUGACUGUCUCCUGUCGCAGGCGAGGGAAGGGUUUCGUGGAUGGACACAUAACGACUAUGUGACCGACGACCGCAAGGGCGAGGACGAAGACCGAGAUGUUAGCUGCACUGGUCGAUUGAACAACAUUAUCCGCGCUCUUGAAGAAGAGAAGACCAUUUGCGAGGAUGUCAUGAACUCCGCCUGCCAGAUCCGCAUGUUCGUCAACGCACCAAAGGCCUACGCCAACCGCAAGUACCAGAAUCGUGUCGGCAACAGCAAAAGAGGAAGG